AUGACGGCUCUUUCGGACUCAGUGGCUGUUUCCGGUGCCGCUGCGAUCAGACCAACGAUGCGAUCGGAUUGCCUCCAAUGUUUGUUGGAGGAAUAUGAUGUGAUUAUUGUUGGCGCAGGUCUCACAGGGUUAAGCGCAGCACGAGAGAUAGCAAGAGCCGUCCCCGGAGCACGUGUAAAGGUGUUGGAAGCUAGAGAUCAGGUGGGCGGUCGAUUACGAGCAAGGUCCAUGAAAACGGAUGAGGGUGAAGCUUGGCUAGAUACAGGAUCGCAAUUCAUUUCACCGGCGGCAACAGCAUUGUCUUCCCUGGCCGACGAAUUAGGGUUACCUUUGUUCCCUCAGACCAAUUGCGGAGUUCGAACACUGGAUAUUCGAGCAAAGCGAUUGGCGCAAUCGGACCCACUCACGAAUCAUGAAUCGUUUGCCGACGUUCUUAAUUCUACCGAGCUGCCACGGUGGGCAUCCACGAAUGUUCACGAUUACUUGGUCAAUUCCGGACAUCCGAGGUACACAAUGGACACAGCUAAUCGCCUACUUCAGACACUAUUCGACUCACCGGACAAGUCUGUUUCAAUUCUGCACCUACUUCUAGCCACUGCCAGUGAGAAUGCCACUGUAGCUGAUCUACUCUCUCGGUACGGCCACGGUCAGGCUCUAUUGAUGCAAGGUGGUCUUAAUAGGUUGACCAGAGCCAUGGCUGAGAAUAUGGACGUGGAGUUGAACCAGACGGUCACUAGCGUGGAUGAAGGAGAUUCCGGUGUGACUGUGAAUACGCCCAAUAAGACGUAUAAAGCACAGCAAGUGAUUGUCACUACGCCUCCAGUGGUGACAUCCUCUAUUCAGUUCACUCCUCCACUCCAACCUCAAUACGCUAAGUUCAUCGAGAGCUAUCGUCCAACCGGUCGAGCUCGCUAUUUUACGAUGACAUUUGCGAGUCCAUUUUGGAGAGGGAAAGGAAAAAAUGGUCAGACUGCUCAAGAAAAAGAGGACUUAGCUUUGGGUUAUUCGGAGCGGAGGUCAAUUUGCAAUGCUCCAGAAUAUCGAAUCGCUCGAAGAUAUCGAUUCAAAGAUCUUGAAACUCUUACUUUGGAGAUCAUCCAUACUAAUCCACAGGGCCCACUCGUAUGGUUGACGACAUUCGAUGUUGGGAAACCCACAAUGUGUGCCGGACAUGGAGCUAAUGGUGUGCUGUGGGGAAUCGCACAUUUUGCAAGGGAUAUGGCUCCAGACUCAAGACGAUCUGCCUAUGCAGAUAUCAUUACACAAUCACUGGGAAGCAAUGGACUACAACCGUUGGCCAUCAGCGAAGAAGAGUUCUCGACGGAUCCGUUGAGUCGUGGUUCUAUAGCUGUUCUGCCGCCACAUAUCGACACCGCCUUCUUGCGCUUCCUACAAGGAGUGAACAACCACGGAGAGCGGAUCUCGUUUGCCUCGGCCGAAUACUCGAACGUCUCUAUGGGACUGAUGGAUGGUGCAAUUCUAUCAGGAAAAACCGCCGGAUUUAUGGUAGCACAUGCCGAUCGAGAAGACAACGAGAUUGCCAACUUGGUUCGCCUUAGCGACGAUGUCGCAAAGACCACUCAUUCAACACUGGAGGUAACAGUCGAAAGCAAACGACUCAGCAAUUCUUCACAUACCAAAGCAUUCGUCUACAAUACCUCAACCCAAUAUCCACCCACACAUCCCAUAGAAGUCACCACCUUCAAGCAUUUCAGUUUUGGCAACGCCGAAGAUGACAACGACGAAGAGGUCGUUUCCGAUAAUGUAAUCCAGAACGACGAGGCAACAAAAGAAAGUGUCGGAGUUGAAACGGCCACUAAAGGGAGUUCAUUCGUCUAUCACACAUCGUCUUUGAAUCCAUUCGUUGAAACUCCGGAGACUACGACAUACAAGCACUUUAGUUUCGGAAAUGGUGACCCAGUAGAGCCGUUCGUUUUUCCUCCAUCGGAUCAACGUGAAGAAUUCACGGGAACGAUUCCUACGACAACCACUACGGCUCGAAGUACAUUCACACCAACUGAUCCACACAGAAGUACAACACCAUUCCAAUACCACACCUCUACAAUCAAUACGCCUGUGGAAGCCGUUGAAGAAACCCCUAUCAAACAUUUCAGCAAUGGGAACCUUGACAAUGAAUUACCCACUCCUAAUAAUGGCAACGCUAAGCCAACAUCCAAAGAGGACGUCAUAAAAAGUCUCCAGGAGCUAUUAGACGAGGCGCCCUCGCAGAGUUCACUUCAGCUUGCCCGCAAACUUACAGGAAUCCUUCAGAAUCUGCUACUUUUAAUGUCAGAAGAACAUGAACGAUAA